CGCUAUCAGUGGCAGGCGGCUGUCCAUGCCUGUUUUACGGAGAUGCACUGGUGUUCAUUUCAGUUGCCAUACGGCGGAGCAGGGCAUCUCCACACGCCUCCAGCAGAGAACUGAGAGAUGAAAAACAGGCGUCUACCGCGUCCAAUCUGGACCGUGGAAUGAGAUGCUGCACUCUAAAGGAGGCUGAGAUAAACCGAGACAGGUUUGCUGAUACGGGAUACUUCUCUCAUCAACAUCCGCAGUUCAAUCUGUGAACCCGGAGAUACAAGUGUUGAUAUCUGCGACCAUAUCUCUAUACACAACUUGUAGUGCCGCGCUGACAAGUUACCAUGGCAACCAGUGAUGCCAGGGCGUAUCAGCGCCUGGUCGCUUGUUUAAAAACGCUGAAGGGCUCGCGGGCAGAGGUGGAGAGGUUUUGCCCAACCAGUUUCGAUGGAGUGCUGUGCUGGCCCCCCACCCUCCCUGGGAUGACUGUGAGGCAACGCUGUCCUAAAUUGUGGGGCUUUAUUUCAAGGCGGUACGCUUACCGGACGUGUGGCCCGACUUCCACGUGGGUCGGCUUUACCAAAAGUUCAACUAUUGAGACGGAAAGUAAGAUCCUGAAGCGAGUUGAAAGCGACGGAGACGGACUGACGGAUUACACAGGUUGUAUAAACUAUACAAUGGAGAUGGCUGGCUUGCCGCCUAGAUACACAGGUGUUUCAGAGAUGGCUGGAGUCACAGCGAUGGAGAUUCUUGGAUAUACUCUUAAAUCGUUGUCAAUCUUAACAUUGUUUGUGGCGGUGUGUUUAUAUGGGUGCUGUGUACGAGCCAAAACGCAGAGGUACAAGAUAUUCAUUCCAAUGUUCUUGUCCUCAAUGAUGAAAUAUGUUGUCAGUCUGGUUGACAUUAUCGUCUGGCGAUUUGAAACUGACUUCCAGCAGACGACAGUUUGGAGACACCCCGUUGUCUGUAAAUGUGCGAACUCGGUAACACGAUUCUCGGAGCUAUCCGUUUAUUCUUGGAUCGCAGUGCUUGGUGUCUAUUAUCUGUUUGCAGUGCUGGGCGAUAUAAUCAAAGGCAGAAGGGUCAUGGUGUUGUACCUAGUUGGCCUCGGAAUUCCUGUCGUCUUCGCGACGGCGUGGGCUCUAACCGUGACGUUCGUCCUUUCAACUGACGUCUGCGAAGGCGGUCAAAUUCCACAUGCAACCCACUGGAUAACGGAUGCGCCUAAACUGGCAUGCGUUUUGAUAGCCUUCUGUAUUUUCAUCGUUUGCGUGUAUGCAGCAUUUCGGGGGCUGAUUGAUGACGACGUGCUCGAAUUUAGACUUGUUAAGCAGGGAACCAUCAAAUGUCUCCUGUUUUUGACACUGUGUACAUCGGCGGAUCUCUACCUGUUGGUGAUCGUGUACAACAAUGGCGGUCAGACGAUUCGUGUGUCGUCUGCCGACUCGUGGAUUGAUUACUUCACUCUUGUUGUGGACAGUAUUCCUGGAGUGAUAAUGGCGAUAUUGCUCUGUUUUGUUGAUAACGAAGUUCGUGUGUGCGAAAAUGAGCCUCGCAAAGUGAACGUUGUGGUGGUUGAGCGAGGUCGCGAACAUAAUCGUUGAGUACAGACACUGUACCUGGGCGCGUAAAAUACAGGAAAGCAUGGCUCACGACCAACUCUGCAACAAUACCACAACAUUUUCAUUCUUUGCAACGUCAUUCAUCAAGAUGUAGAACUUGAACGCCAUGUUCAAACAGGAACACCCCCCAGAAGCGGAUCCGGACCUGGAUGUAAACUGCCUAACUCGACACCAGUGCUUCUGGAGAGUUCGCAUCCUUCAUGGUGGGGUAGCCUUUAAGAUAGAACAUUCGCUGGCAGCGCUGAAAACCCGAGUUCGAAUCCCCACAUGGUUACAAAGUGUGAGAGUUCUCCGCCGUAAAAUGUCUGGAGCUACGCUUAACGCAUCCUCAAACCCAACCAUCUCGCUCAUUCAGUUCCAAAGAUAGAAACUUAUAUUUUACAAUCCGUGAGGCGUGAGAAGAAUUGAUGAGGGGAAGCGUUUGUAUCUGAUAGGAUGCGUGUUGUGGCGCGUCCAUGUUGAUAGCGACAGAGUGAUGAGGUGACCACGGUAUAAUUGAACUGUGACUUACAAGGCCCUUGAUAAGCCACGACCACACACACACACACACAGACACACGGGACGACGUGAAGCCUGGAUCAGUCAACUUUGUGGUAAAAACACCACUUCUGGAACAAUAAAUGUGUCAAAUCUUUUUUUGAUAUGUUUGGUUUCGUGAAAACGACUCCUCCGGAACAAUAUUCAUAUAAUUUUUCUUUUGAUAUUUUUCAUUUCGUAUAUUUCUUUUUUAUAAAUUCUACCUUGAUCGAAUAUUUGAUUUUUACGGAAUACGUUCUUGCGUAGCUAGUAUGUCAGGCAUUAGUGUUGAGAUUAGAGAAUCGGUUCUUCUGUGAACCCGAGGCGAGGGCACGGGACCAAAUGUGCAUUAUACGGACACCUUGUAGAACUAGCGGCACGUAUUACCUUAACUGUUUCUACUUCCUGCAUAUGUAUAUUGGAUUUCUGAUGUAAAACAUGGGGAAGGUUAAUAUACAGAAUGUGUUUUUCUUCAAUUAAAUGCUCAAUGCAAAAUC